AUGCAUCAUCAACAAAGCGGAUCAGGGGCAAAGUGCUUUGCCAGGAAGCGCACCCGAACGGUAGACAGUUCCUCGGAAGAUUCCUGCUCCGAUGGGUCAGAUGGACCAGAUGUUACUCGCAUAAGAACUACCGAGAACGCCAGGGAUGCCUUUCCAAUCCAAGUCGACUGGCGACGCCUACUCUGCCAAAAUCUUCAUCUCGAUCAUGAAGAAACCGACAAUGUUAUCAGGGCGUCUCUGCAGGGUAUCAUGCAGAGGCUCAAAGAAGCUGAUCGCUUGUUGCAAAUGUCCUCCAACGUAGACCAAUUAAUGGUCCCGGAGUACCAGACCAUGCACAGAGUUCGUUGCCAUGAACAACUUACGACAGAACUCUUCUUAGGCGAGCCAUGGCCAGUAAGGAACACCAGCGGCGAUAUCCACCUAAGAGGGAGCGGACUUGUGGACAAUCUAGAAUUACAUUUGGAGCGUCAUAAGGGGCUAGCUUUCAUUGUGUAUAGGGACUACGCCUGCUGCAAUACGAAUCAAGAUGACGAAACCAGGCAACAAACCGCGCCAAUAGUCCAAGCCGGCGCCUUGGAGAGUCUCCAAAUGGGCGAGUCGGUGUCCAUCGUCGCCAGCACGCUUCUUCACGCCUUGGAAGAGCUAUGGUCAGUGGGAGUUGACAGCUCAUUGCCUCCAAAGUUCGCCCCUUUCACAGAAUUCAAUGCCCCCUACGUUUGGUGGUACUACCAGAGAAAUCAGCUGAAGACAAGGUUUGAUGAGUUAAACCCGGAACACUUACAGUACAUUUUGCUCUUCCAGACAUAUCUUGACAAACAUUUGGGCUCCGAAUACCAGAUUGUCGACCAACUCUUAGAGGACGGCCAAACAAUGACCAAGUAUUUGCAAUACCUUUAUAUCCCCGGAGAGAUACAACUAUCAAAGCGAGACGGGGACGAUGCCCGGUUCCACCGAGCUUUCAAAGCAACAUCUUGGUUGCAGAACUUUAGCAUGGGAACGAACGUGAGAGGUACCAAUGGCAACAACUCGCCAGAACUACGCCUAGGAAUUACCGGAACAUCCUGGAGCUAUGACGGCUCCUUCCAAAAGAAUACAGAACUAUGGAACUUCAAGUGCAAGUUUGGCAGUCACGAGAUUUUCGACAUCAAGGACCUUGAUAUACUUCCUCUCAGCUUCGCUGAUCCUGAGGUAGCCCAGACACUGCGACAUCGCGGAGAGAGGUUUUGGGAGUGCAGGUGGCCAACUUACAUCUCCUACCACAGCGACUGCAACCUCGAUGCACAAGAUGUUCGUCACAUGGUUGACUACAACACAUACAAGGAAAUGCAUCCCCCGCCGGCGGACCGGGUCCCCAAUAAAGACGAUCUUGGAAUCGAAGCAACCACGAUGGACGCACCACUGCCAAAUGAUGAUGUCCUCCUCUGUCUGCCAGCAGUAGUCCCAGGGUACCAUAUGCACAAGAAGGAAUGGUUCCCGCUCCAUGUCAGCCGCAUACGGCACGUGCGGUGGAACGACGAUGCAUAUACGAGGCUUGUAGUCCCCGAGAACAAAAAGAAGCUAAUCAAAGCCCUCGUUAUCAAGCAAAUCAUGGCCGAGGAGAGCACCGAUCUUAUAAGCGGCAAGGGCAAUGGCUUGUUCAUCUUGCUUCACGGUGGCCCGGGGACAGGCAAGACUUUGACCGCAGAGAGCGUGGCCGAAAUAGCUCGAAAGCCUCUCUAUCGUGUGACAUGUGGCGAUGUUGGUACCAAGCCUGAGGAAGUGGAGAGAUAUCUCGAGACUGUGCUUCUACUUGGCAAGAGAUGGGGAUGUGUUGUGCUCUUGGAUGAAGCUGAUGUCUUUCUCAUGCAGCGGUCAGUCGAGGAUUUCAAGCGUAAUGCCCUCGUCUCUGUCUUCCUUCGCGUGCUCGAGUACUACGAUGGCAUCCUGAUCCUGACGAGCAACCGUGUUGGUACCUUUGAUGCGGCCUUCAAGUCACGCAUCCAGCUGUCGCUUCAUUACCCGCCGCUGACAGAGCAGGAUCGGUUAAAAAUCUGGACAACUUUCGUAGAACAUGUUGAGGGAUUGACCAACUCGCAAACUGCGUCGCUUGGAAUCCGAUCCAGCGAGAUUAAGGACAGGCUGCCCCAGUUGGCCAAGAAGAUGCUCAACGGCCGGGAAAUUCGCAACGCUGUAUCAACAGCAAGACAGCUCGCCAUGUUUGAACAAGAAGCCAUGGGGUACGAGCACCUAGAAACGGUGGUUCUUGAGAUGGAAAAGUUUGACCAAUAUGCUACUGAGUUGAAGGGCGGGCUGACCGAUGAUGUGGUCGCACGACAUUUUCAAGAGCGUUGA